AUGGUAUAUAAUGAGGAAAGGAAAGAGAAAGGAUUACAAAAGAAAAAAAAAGAAAUCAACAGAAGGAAUACACGUAUACUUUUAAGAGAUAAAAUAAAAGAUAUUGAAAUACAGUGUGGAAAAUUAAAUGAUUAUUUAAAAAAAAAGGAAGAAGAAAAGAAAAUAUUCCAAAUAUCUACAGUCAUAUUAAAACAAUAUCAUUCAUAUUUAUAUAAUAAAUUAUAUAACAAUAUAUCUGUAUGUUUACCAGUAUUUCAUCAUAUCUUUCUUACGAGCUGUGGAAUUAUUUUUACAAAUAAUGAUUGUUACAUCAAUGAUGAAAGGCAAAAAAUAAACAGAAUAAACAGAAUAAACAGAAUAAAUAGAAUAAACAGAAUAAACCGAAUAAAUAAUACGAACAAAACAAAAAAUAUAAACAAAAUAAAUAAUAAUCUCUUGUAUUGUAAAAAUGGGGAAUAUAGUUUCUCUGAUCAUUGUAUAUAUGAUGAAGAUAUAUGUAAAAAUAUAUCGUGGAUAUAUUAUUCUAUGAAAGAAAAAAAUGAAAGCAAACUGAUAGAAGAAACAAAUAUUUUAUAUGAGGAAAAAGAAAAUAAUUUAUCUACAACUCUAGAGGAUCAAUCAAAAAAAAAGAGAAGUUGCUACGUUUAUAAUAUACAAAAUAAUAAUAUUAAUAAUAAUAAUAAUAUAUCUAUUGAAAGUAUGACCAGUGGAAAUAAUAAAAAAAAAUUGAAAGAAGAGAAUAUUAUAUAUUUAUCAUCAUUAGAAGGAAAAAAAAUGUAUGAAAAAUAUAAAAAUGAUCAAGAUACAAAUGUAUUAUAUACAUAUAAUAAUAAUAAUAAUAAUAAUAGUGAUAAGAUGAAGAAUAUACCUUUAAAAAAAAAAAAAAAAAAAAUUACAACUAGUUAUAAUGAGAAUAACAAAAGUAUAUCUAGUACAGUUUUAAACACACCCCUUAAUAUUACAAAAAAAAAAAAAAAAAAUAUGGAUUAUCUUAAUCUUAAAUUUAUUGAUAAAAAAUAUACGACUGAUGAAAAUUUAAUUAUUUCAUCCAGUCAUACUGUAGAUACUAUAAGUGAACUAGUUAAUAUGAAUUAUUUAUCAUCUGAUAACAAUAUUUCAACAUAUAGCGAUAUAUAUAUACAAACUGUAUGUAAAAAGUCCAAAACAUUAAAAAAAUAUGACCAUAAUAAUAUAAUAAAGAAUCCUAUAAAAUAUGAAAUGACAUCCAAUUCAUCAAUAUUGUUAAGUAAUAAAACUACCUCACAUAAUUAUUAUAAUGAUAUAUAUGAUGAAGAAUAUAUAAAAAAAAAAAAAAUUAAUAUGCAAUAUAAUGAACCAUAUAAUGUUCAAUAUAAUGAACCAUAUAAUAUACAAUAUAAUAAAUCAUAUAAUGUUCAAUAUAAUGAACCAUAUAAUAUACAAUAUAAUGAACCAUAUAAUGUUCAAUAUAAUGAACCAUAUAAUGUUCAAUAUAUUGAACCAUAUAAUAUACAAUAUAUGAAAGAAAAACAGAAAAAAAAAAAAAAAAAAAAGAAAAAAAAUGAAAGUUAUAUUGAUUCAUAUAUAGAUCUUAUAAAAAAUGUUAAAGUUUUCUCAUUCUUUGAAAAUAAAGAACAAAUAAUACAAAAUAAUACAUUUACCAAUUUUUUCAAUAAUAUAAAAAAUUUUUUUUUUUUUUCUUCUAAUGAAAAAAAUGAAGAAAAAGAAAAUAACACAUCCAAUUAUAAUAAUCCUUAUGAACAAAAAAAAAAUAUAAAUAAUAAAAGACAAUAUAAUAUUUUAAAAUAUCAAUGUGUAAUAAAAUCUAAAGGUAUCAAAAUUUUUUUAUGUGUUUGUCCUAAUUGUUCUAAACAUUUUUAUUUAUUAAUAAAAAAAGGAUCACGAAAAAAAAUGAUCUCAAAAGUAUUUCAUCCUUCUCACUUUGCUACCCUAGUCAAGAAUUUAAAAAAACAAAAAAUUAAUCUUUUAAAAGAUGAAAAGGAAAAAAUGAAUGAUGAAAAUCCCAGUAUUAAAAGUAUCCCGUAUUUAGAUAUUACAACAGUUGAGUUCUUUAACGAUAGUCUUUAUUAUGAUGAAACUGUUCAAGACUUUUGUCAAUGUUAUUUAAAAAUAAAUGAAAAUCCAAAUAAUUUUUAUGAUAAUAUGGAUAUAUUACUUUAUAUAUAA